CCUCCCUUAGUAUAUACAUCACUAAUUAAGUAUCACUACUGUUACUAUUUUGCAGAAAGUUUUGUAACUGAAUAGCUCGUGUCGACGGCCCUCAACCGGCGCCACUUUCAAACCGGACCUGAAGCAUGGAAGGGGUAUAUUGGUGCAGGGAAAGUACGGUGUUACUUCUGGAAAAGGUAAAAGCAAGGGAACCAAUAUGGAACAUGAACCAUACAAACUUCAUGAAGAAAAAUCUGAAAAGAAGCUUAUUUGACGAGAUUUGUCAAGAACUUAAGAAGGAGUAUCCAUUGAUGAACAACCUUACUACUGAUAUGGUAGUCAGCAGAUAUCAGUACCUUAGAGGGCAUUUCCAAAAACAACUUCGGAAAAUUUAUAACGUCCCGAGUAGUUCCAGACGGACAGCUUCACAUAAAUGGGAGUUCUUCAAGGCAUGCACCUUUAUGCAGUCCGGAUUCAUGAUUAACAACAAUGAGUCAAGUUUUACAAGUACUCUAAGAAAGCAGCAACUACCUUCAGACUCACCCAAUACAGCAACCUCGCAAGAUCUGGUUGUGAAAUUCAGGAGUCACCAUCUUCGACUUUGUAUUCUUAACUUAGGGGGGCCUGUUUGGGUGAAUCCGUUCAGUCGAUUCAUGCUUUGCUGUGAGGAUGUUAAAGUUACAGAAAGCUUUACAUGCAUUGCGAAACCUGGACAUUAUCUAGUGCAGAUCCAGGAGGCCUCAAGAUGCAAGGAAAUAGGCAUCAAGAGUCGCCACCAGUCACUCUAG